AUGUUACAAAAGAGACUAUUUGCGGCUCUUCGAGCUCUUCAACAUGAAAACCCAUUGGGUCUUCCGCGAUCCGGCACACCACCGUCAUUCCCGCGCCGCCGGGGGUUACCAGAAAAGCGCAAGAUCCGUGAUGUCAAAAAAGUGAUUGCGGUAUCAUCGGCCAAGGGUGGUGUGGGCAAAUCUACCAUUGCAGUGAAUCUCGCUUUAUCUUUAGCUCGCCGUGGGAUCCGUACGGGUAUCUUGGAUACCGAUAUCUUUGGUCCCUCUAUUCCAACUCUUCUUAACUUGUCUGGUGAACCCCGCCUAGACGAAAACAACUGCCUCGUACCUCUGACUAACUAUGGCUUGAAAUCAAUGUCAAUGGGCUACCUCCUCCCACAGCCAAAAGCGGACCCGUCGCAACCUGCGGGCAACAUUCCCAUGGACACCACUCCUAUCUCAUGGCGUGGUCUGAUGGUCACCAAGGCCAUGCACCAACUUCUCCAUUCCGUCUCCUGGGGCCCUUUGGAUGUGCUGGUCCUGGACUUACCCCCGGGGACCGGUGACGUACAAUUAACAAUCGGCCAAGAGCUUGUCGUAGACGGCGCCCUGAUUGUAACCACGCCACAGGAUAUCGCUCUGCGCGACGCCGUCCGCGGCUUUGGCAUGUUCGAGAAAAUGAACAUCCCCGUCCUUGGCAUGGUUCGCAACAUGGCCUACUUCGCGUGCCCGCAGUGCGGUCACCAAACGAAGAUCUUUUCCCACGGUGAUAGUCAUGGCCAUGGCUCAGAGGACUCAGGCGUGGUCACCGAGUGCAAGCGCCUAGGCGUUGAAUUCCUCGGGGAUAUCCCUCUAGACGCUAAGGUCUGCGAGGACGCUGAUCGUGGAGUGCCUACGGUGGUCUCAGAGGAGAGUGAUGACCGCAGCGUAAGGCGCAAGGCUUUUCUUGAUGUUGCCGAAAAGGUGGCGCGAAAGAUUGGUCUGGAGUGGAGUUGA